AUGUAUCUUAAGUGCGCAGCGUUCGCAGUCUCCGCAGGCCCCGCGCGGAGGCCGGCGGACUCGCCCGGGAAGGUGGCGGGGGUCUACGGGGCGCGAGGGGCUGGGCCCUGGGACGACCCGGGGCGGGGAUGGGGCAGUGGGCGUGCCCCGGGACUGGCCCUACUGCUACUGCUGGGGCAGCUGCUGGCGCUGCUGGGCCGCGGGGACGCGUUCUACCUCGAGGUCCGCGAGCUGGAGGAGAAGUGCUUCAUCCAGGAGAUCCCCGAUGGCACUGUGGUCAUAGGUAACUACAAGACCGAGCUGUACGACCCUGCUAUGGAAAAGUACCAGCCCUCCCCGCAGUGGAUCAAUUUAUUUGUGUUUGUGAAGGACCCGGAGAACAAGAACCUUCUGGCCCGUCAGUAUGGUCCUCAGGGCAGCUUCACCUUCACCUCCCAGUCUCCUGGCGAGCAUCAGAUCUGCCUUCACCUGGAGUCCAUCCGGUUCGCUCUCUUCUAUGACGGCAAGCUGGCCAUCCACUUGGACAUGCAGUUGGGUGAACACACCAAUGAUUAUACGGAAAUUGCAGCCAACGACAAGCUGACCCUGCUGCAUCUGCGCGUGCAGCAGCUGGUGGAGCAGGUGGAACAGAUCCAGAAGGAGCAGGAGUACCAGAGGUGGCGAGAGGAGCGCUUCCGGCAGACCAGCGAGAGCACCAACCAGCGGGUGCUGUGGUGGUCCAUUCUGCAGACCCUCAUCCUUGUGGCCAUCGGCAUCUGGCAGAUGCAGCACCUCAAGAGCUUCUUUAAAGCUAAGAAGCUGGUGUAGAUGGGCGCCAGAGACCAGAGGUCCCACCACCACUCGCUCCCCUUCUGCUGACUGAUGGCAAAUGGACUGACUUGGUCUGUCUCCUGGCUUCCCCCACCCCUUCUAACCCCGCAGGGCUUCCUUGCUGCUGGAAGGGAGACAAAGGACCUCUUUGACUGGUUUCUCAGCCAGCACUGGGGAGAGGAUGGGUUUCCAGCUGGAGAUACUUGGGUGGGGGGAGCUGUAGGCUCCUUUGUGUCUCUGUGAUGCUGAGCAGGAGGCAUGUGAGGGUAUCCCCAACCCCCAUGUUAAACAGGGUGGAUGAACUAUCCUGAGAUGGAGAAAUAAGAGUCACCAUAAAUUGUAACUGACCAGCUUUAUCGCCUAAACAUGUAUUGCCUCCUACUUUGCAA